AUGGCCAGCACACAGCGAUUGCGCCAGGCGUGGCAUCAGGCAGCCCAGGCGUGGCCUAGGGACCCUCUCCGUCCAACCGUCCAGUUCGCAGACGCCAUUCGCGCGGCCGCCGACCGCGCACUCGCCGACACCGUCACGCUCUCGCCAAAACAGGAGCAGAAGGCCGAGCAGGCGUGUCAGAGCUUGUUGAGGAUGGCCAACAACGAGGCUGCCAGGCGCUACCCUAUGCAACCUUCAACGACCAAGCCCGCAUCGUUCCCGAAGCACUACGCUCGCAUCGAAGACGCCGUCGCGCGGGUUACCAGGGGCGAGAAGAUGGAGCGGCCAGGGUUUCUCCAGCGGUGGUUCAGGUUCAGCGCGUAG